AUGGCGGCGCCUGCGAGUAACGGCCAGCACCACCACGACGCCGCAGUCUCUGCCUCUCAGUCCCUCUAUUCCCACGACCCCCGAGCUCCGAAAUCGCCCUCCCCCCAACUCCAGCAGCAGCUCCAGUCCCAACAGCCCCAGCAUCGGCGUGGCUACCAGGCCUGCGACCCUUGCCGAAAGCGCAAAGUCAAGUGUGACCUUGGCAGUGUCGAUAAUCCCCGUCCCCCGCCCUGUGUACGAUGCCGCCGCGAAAGCAAGCGCUGCGAGUUCUCCGCUACUCGGCGGAAGCGCAAGCCCUCCGAAGUGGAGGAGCCCACCGAGGCCGUCCUGCGACGCGAUAAGCGGAUGAUGGUGGGCGAGGUCAUCUCGAAUAGCGGAUCUGUCAGUGAUGGAGGCUCAUCCUAUGCGCCCGAGCGCACCUCUUCCUUCGAUAACAGUACCAGCCUCUCUCGACCCAAAUGGACCGAGGAAUCGCCCGCCGCGAACAAUGCUCAGCUCCCGUCGUCUUCUACGCCCAGUCAGCGGUUCCCUUCUAAUCCGUCGCCGUCCGGAAAUGCGCCGUUCGCCGAACCGAGAAGCACGCGACUGCCCAUGUACCCAGCUGCAGAGCGGAGCCAUGCGGCGAGCUUCAGCCUCGAGGGCGGCCAGCCCAUGAUGAACCGGACUGCGGUUGAGUUGUUGUCGCCGGCCAUCAGUAACAGUCAUGAUGCAUUACACCUCUUAUCGGAAGCGGCUGGUCGGACGGAGGAUCUCAACCGCCAGAGUCUGGAGAACCGGUAUGCUGCGCGCCAGUCGGUUUCAUCAUUCAAUUCACCCAUGUCUCCGCUCACGCAGGCUGGUACGCCCCGGAGUGGAGGCGGGUCGUUCUCUCGACCACCCCGCUCCGGGACCGUGCCCGGGGGUACGUACUAUUCUGCGGGCGCAUCAGGGUCUGCUGAUGCGCGACUGCCGGAUGGUCGUGGCCCGGCGGACGCUGCAGAAACGGCACAGGACCCCGGGUUCGUGGAUGCGGUCAAGGCUUGGUCGCGACUACGGUUUGUUCGUGCAGGAUGGCUGUCUGUGGAAGAGUCGAUGGCCUACGUAGCGUAUUACUACGAGCAUCUCGCCCCGCUCAGCCCUAUUGUGAUUCCGGAUUUUUCACAUCCCUCCACCCAUCGGACGUUGCUUACAGACGAGCCGGUGCUGGCGGUAACCAUUCUUACGACAGCGUCGCGGCAUAUGAAGCCCAAGGGUGACGGCGCUUACACGCGUGCCUUCUACAUUCAUGACCGGCUCUGGUCAUACCUCCGCGGCAUGAUUGAGCGAAUUAGUGGGCCACGUUCGUUUGACCUCGCGCCGACCUCGUCAAAGGUUAGCCACAAGGGCAACCUGAGGUCACUAGGCACCAUUGAGGCGCUGCUGAUAUUGACGGAUUGGCAUCCGCGGAACCUCCACUUUCCACCCGGUGACGACGAAAAUGCCUUGCUGGACCUGGACGCGCAAACGCAAAGCCGAUACGAAAAGGAACUCGAAACAGAGGUUGACAAUUCGGCCAACCGGGUCCCGAACAGUGCUGCUGAAGGGAGGCUGGCCUUCCAGAAGUGGCUGGAGCCCGCCUGGCGGUCGGACCGGAUGUCGUGGAUGUUGCUGAGUACCGCACAGGCGUUGGCGUUUGAACUGGGAGUGUUCGACCAGAAGAGCGACGCCAAAGUUGCCGGCGAAUCCCCAUCCGAGCAGACGCGCAAACGUCGGCUCCGGCGUUUGAUUCUGGUAUAUAUCACCCAGAGCAGUGGUCGCUUGGGUAUCCCAUCCAUGCUGCCGCUGCCCCAGUGGACCAACGACAUUCAGCCGACAUCGGCCACCGCCGCCAAGGGGGCAGAUACCAUAGUCGACCGGAUGCAUGAUUGCUGGAUCGGAAUUUCUAAGAUCAUGUACCAGAGCAAUCAACUCUUAUUUGCAUCGAGCGAGCAGACGUCGGAGCUCAUUCGCAGCGGUCGUUAUCGGGAUCAGAUUGACCGGUUCCAGCCGUUCUUGCGCGAGUGGCGACAUAACAUUGACACGAUCGAUUGUGAGUGCUCUCUAACUGGACUCUAUGUCAACUCUUUGGCUUUGCAGGCGGUGGUGGAUCGCUGGACGACAAUGUCGAAUGAGGCUGCUCAGGCCCAGAAUGCGCGCCCCAAUUCUGGUCCAUCCUCGGGCACCGGUUGGUUUCAUGUGCUCAUGGAAUUAUAUCGUGUCAACGAGCAGUACAUCCAGGAGGUAGUCGAUGCCUCCCGCAAAAUCUUGCAGACAGUACUCGAGAUUCUGGUCCCGCGCGACCACCUCAAGCAUGCCCCUGUCCGGACGUGCUUUCGUAUUCUGUCGGGGAUGAUUUUCAUCUUGAAGACUUUCACGCUUGGUGCCAAAGAAGAUGAUGUGCGUGUGUCGCUGGACCUCCAGGAUCGCACCAUCGAAGCCUUGAAGACCUGCGUAGUCGACGAUGUUCACCUAAACCACGCGAUUGCGCGAUUGUUGGAAUUGCUCACCACCAGCAUUCGCACGCGUUUUCUGCGUUUCGCCCCCUUGGACCGCAGCGGCGAUGGCGAACAAGAACGCCCAUCCGCACCAGUCUCACGGCAUCAGUCGCCGCGGCCGCGUGAAGGGCCACAAAACCGCCGGGAAGGGUCGGCGCAUGCCUGGACGCCAGCGCAGAGUGCGACACAAAAUCUGGGAUAUGUCGAUAGCAAUAGCCAGACGGGGACCAGCAUGACUUCUGUCCAUGAUCCGCUGGCCGGUAUCCCUGCCCAGCCGAUCAAUUCGUCCAACAUCAAUGUCUCGUUCAUGCCCCCUCCUCCAUCAGUGUACUACAACUACUACGACCCCAGCGCAACUCCGCCGGCGGGCGAGCUGGACGGGUCUAAUGUUCCGUCUCAGGCGAUGCACGAUAAUCCAGGUACGUCCGGCGGAUUGCCCGACUGGUUUGCGCUGCCACUCGACCAGUUUUUCAACAGUUCGACGGCCGUGGUGGACCAGGGUCUGGGAGGCACGGGCCCCAUGGUGGGCGAAUUCGACAUGCUGGAGGUGCUUCUAAAUGAACAGUAUGACGGUCAUGAGGGGAUAGAGUCGGCUGGCGGAGGGAACCUUCCGUCACAGUUUUUGCAAUCGUGA